AUCUCGCAGCGGCGACGACCAAUGGCGUGAGUGUGAAACGAGGACAACGCGUACCGAGAACCUCUCGCUUUAGUGGGGUUGUCAGUUCGUGCCCGCUCGUCUUAUACACCAGUCGUGAGAGCGACGUUGGUGCGUCGCGCGAAUCUUGAGAUGGCGAUGAGUUGCUUUCUUUGCGAACAACGCUCUGAAGACGCGAACGAGAUAUCAUUCCACGCUUUCCCUGAGAACGAGAAUCGUCGGAAAAGUUGGCUGGACGCGAUUGGCAAAACUAAUACGGAAGUGCCCGCUGAAUCGUCACUGUGUUCGCGUCAUUUCUCACAAAGUUGUUUCACAGGCUCGAGCUUAAGGGACAAUGCUGUUCCGACUUUGCAACUGGAAGCAUAUUUUUCAGCGGAAGAAGGUCGAUCGCAGGAAGAAUCGGAAACCGAAUUAUCUGUUCCAAUCACGAGACCGACUGUCUCAAAAGGACGGCGUAUUCACAUGUUGUCGGAUGAGGAGAUGAAGGAGAUGCAGCCGAUCAAGUACGUGCGCUUUCUCAAGAGCGUCAACUGGGACGAGAUUUCCAAGGUACCGGCGGAGGCAAAGAUUGUCUGGGAGGUGGCGAUGGAGGAGUUAAAGGAAGACAACGAAAAGAUAAAACAUUUGCAGGCGCAUGCUCGUCAACUCAACGCGACCGUUUUAAAGCUAAAGAACGCGCUGAAAACGCGAAAGAAAAAUAAGACCAAAAAAUCUCAUUAAAUUAGGUUUACAAAUAAAUGUGUAUGUACAUUUGUAUAUACAAAUUUUUUUUUAUUUUUUUUAUUUAAAUUUUAUUUCUACUCGAUUAAUUCUGUAAAUUUUUUAGUUUUUGUAGUUCUGAAAUUCCUGAGAUUAAAGAAUAAUCUCGGGAAUAGGAAUAACCUAGAUAUAUUUUUAAUAAUAUAAAGUCCUCUUUAUGAAUUAAAAUAUAAUUUUCCACACAACCUUCAUUAUUUUUUUACAAUUUUCAUUUGAUUAAAAUUUAAUUUUGUAAGAUUAAAAUGAAAUUUUUCUAAAGUUUGAAAAUGUGUUGGCAGUAAUUAUAUUAACUUAUAAAUUUACAGCAUCUCUCUGUAUGAGAAAGAGAAAGAGAGAGAGAGAGAGAGAAAUAUUCAUUUUCCGUUAGAUAUUAAAAUGAAAUUGCGUUUUUUUCCAUUUCGCCUCUUAGAUUUAUUUUCGGAACGAUCGAUUCAUUUGCGAUUCAAUCGCGUACGAGAAUAGGGAGGUGAAACAUUCGAACCGGCUCACUCGGAUGAGGAAGUAGCGUAAUUACGCGUCGCACGAAUAAGAUACACAGUUCUCCCUUUCUCCCUAUUAUGGCGAACAAGCCUAGGCUGGCUGGUUGUCGCUGUUUGCAUUCGACAAUGCGACUGCACAACCAGACGGCGCGCCGCAACGAAAGCAAAUGCGCUCGUCGAUGGCGGGACCCUUUCAGGGAAGACAAAUGCGAGCUCGCGCUUGCAUUUGCGCUCUCUUCUCCGCGUGACAGUGGUACGCGGUGCGCGUAAUACGUUUACCAUACAAAACCGAGGAAAAUAUACGGGACGAACUAAACUAGGAACGGGAGGAUGAAAACGAGGAACGAUGUGCGAGCGAGAUCGCUGUACGAAGGAUGAAAGCGGAGCACUUUUUGCUAUCUUUUAUGAUGCGUUAUUUAUAGAUCUAUGUACUUAGUUAAUAUUAUUAAAAUAAUAAUAAUGCGUAGAAGAUGUAAUUACUAAGUCGUAAUUUACGUAGAUUGUAAAGCAUUAAUUUAAUUUAAUUAAUUUAAUUAAUUUAUAUAAAUUGAAAUUAUUUUAGAAUAGAGAUUAAAUCGUACACUUAAUUUUAUUAAAUUAUAAUAUUAACAUCGUAAUAAUUAAAAUCGC